AGCUAACGGCAGCCGUGCCAGACCUGAGAGGUCGAACCCCGACAUCAUCGAUCACCAUCGGGCAGGUGGGUCUGUCGGUACCGUACACGCAGCAGCCGUGUGCUAUCUUAGCUUAGCUUAGUUUAGCCUAGCGGGAUGAUUGGUCUGAUUUCCAGAUAACCUGCAGCCACGCCAACAUGACGGACUACUCGGAGGAGCAGAGGAACGAGCUGGAAGCGAUAGAGUCCAUCUACCCGGACUCCUUCACGGUGCUUUCAGAUGAGCCCACCAGCUUCACCAUCACCGUGACAUCAGAUACAGCGGAGAAUGGGGAAACAGCAGUGGAAGCAACAUUAAAGUUCACGUAUGUGGAGAAAUACCCGGACGUGGCUCCGCUGUGGGAGAUCCACUCCCAGGAGAACCUGGAGGACAGUGACGCCGAAGACAUCCUCACCUUACUGCAGCAGCAGGCAGACGAAAACCUGGGCAUGGUGAUGAUCUUCACCCUGGUGACGGCCGUCCAGGAGAAACUCAACGAAAUGGUGGAUGUGAAGACAAACAGACGAGAGGAGGAGGCGCGGCGGAAAGAGGCCGAGGCAGAGGAAGCAGAGAAGGUGUUGUUUCAAGGCACAGUGGUAACCAUUGAGAACUUCCUGGCGUGGAAAGCCAAGUUUGAGCUGGAGAUGGCCGAGCUGAGGAGGAAGCGGCAGAAAGAAGAGGAGCAGGCAGGGAAACCCAAACUCACCGGUAAACAGCUGUUUGAGACCGACCACAACCUGGACACAUCUGACAUCCAGUUCCUUGAAGACACUGGAAACAACGUUGAAGUGGAUGAGUCCCUGUUCCAGGACAUCGAGGACUUGGACUUGGACGAGGACGACCCUGACUUUGACCCUUUAGAGAUGGGGAGUGAUGAGGACUAAUGCAGGACUGCUGGAGACGGACAGCAGACACAGUUCCUUUUCAAAGACUCUGACAGUAGUUCAGCCACCUGUGUUCAUUUCUCUGCCAGAACCAUUAAAGUGACCCAACAAACGUGUGCCUUGGCUCUGGUGCUGUUUGACAUGCAGGACAUCCAGGGACGGGCCACAAGACUUCACUGCCAUUAAAGCAGCUAAGCCCCAACAUAGAAAUAUACUUUAGUAAAAGUACUGCACUUAAACUUUGAAUUAUUUAGGUCAAAGUAAGCAAACUAUAGAAAACUUACUAUUCCUGACUUUGAACAUGAAAAGCACUCACGGAGUUUCA